AAACUACAUGCUCGUUUAGUUAAAGGUUGUUCUUCAUUUUCUUUGUCAGCUAUAUUUCGUUUUUGCCCCGGGCGUUUGAUGCGUUUCGUGAGAUAUGAAAUCGAUUCUGGAAUGUCGAAAAUAUUAAGGGCUGAUGAGAACUUUGCUUUAAAUAGAAAAGUACAAAUAGAAGAUGAACAAAACUUACCCUCUGACCAAAGUAGCUUUUUUUGGCACAAAAUUAACGAGGAUUAUUUGGAACAAGGACUUGAAGCUGAUAAA